CUCGUGAUCCACCCGCCUCAGCCUCCCAAAGUGCUGGGAUUACAGGCAUGAGCCACCAUGCCUGGCCACAAAUUGUUAAUUAUUAUAACUCUCUGCUUGCCAUAAUGUUAACUUACAAAGCAGUCCAUGAGUUUGCUCUAAGGUUAUGCAUUGCAUACCUUAAAGAUUGUUGUUGAUGUUGUUUUAUGAAAGCUAUUCAGUAAAGAGUUUAUCUGGCUAACAUAGACCCAAUAGAAAAAUUAAAAAGUAAAUAAAGUAAGAGUUUAACUAGUAUAUCAGGUGCCAGGAACUUCCUUAGCCCUUAGAUGCAUAACUAGCAUUAUAUAGUGUUUGUGGGAAUCAUGGGUGAGCAUUAAGUACUAUCAGCAAAAAAACUAUGGAUUGAUGGUAAAAAGAGGAAAAUAAGAGAAAGGAACCACACUCAGGAAAAGCAAUAUACCUGAAGAGUGAUAAAGUAUCACACAGUGGCUCACAGACCACUUACUACAUGUUGAAUAGGAACCUCUUUCUAGUCUUUCUUCAUAAUUCGUUUCAGAACAUACCAUUUAUUAAGAUUUUUAAAAUACAACUAAUGAUGAAUACAAAUUGUGAAAAGUUCAGACUUUUUAAAUUGUAACUUUAAAUGUCUACCAGAGCAAGUCAGUGAUGGUAAAAUAUAAGUAUUCAACAUCAAAGUUUUUCUAUAUUACCAUUCUCCUUUAUAUUCAUUGACAACUUCUGAAUUAGAAAAGUCAAUCUCUGAUGUCUUGUAUCUUCUGCAGUUCAGCCAUUAUUAACAGAACUAACAUUUGAGGUUCUCAGCUAAAUUUUGAAGCCCGUUAAAUUUGAAGUUGGCCUAAACUUUUGCUCAAAGUGAAUUACCCCUAUUUUAUUUAGGGUUUUUGCCUAUUGCAACUGAUUUUCCUUUAUCCACAGCUGUUCUACAUAAUGUUAUGCAGUGUUUGGUUGAAUCCUUAACACUUUUCUUGCACCUUGCCUGCGUGUAGUUUGUACUUUCUGCAGUUUGGGGUUCCUGUGUGGAUUUGAUUUGCCACAUUCCGGGACCUCAUUGCAAGUGAUUCUGUUCCACAGUUUGAUGAUGUUCACAGAAGCAGGUAAGUGAGAGCUGGGGCCAGAUAUAAGCAGAAAGUCAGAACUUUUUUAUUUAAAAAUUAAAAAAAAAAUUUUUUGGAGGGGGUAAGAAAGUCAUAUCUUGCAGUCUUUUAAGACCACUGCCCUAACAACAUCAGAUAGGAUAUCUGUAAGUAGAAAGAAGCUAGGAAUGUGGAAUUGAAUUUCCUGCAUCAGCUGCGAUUACAAGGAGGAUAAGAGAAUGGUUGAGCUGAUUCUUUUCUAUUUUCUUUUCCUGGAAAUAGUGUGUAUUUUUAGUCAUUAACUAAUAUUUUGGUUUUGUUUAAUAUCCCAGAAGCAUUUAUUCCUCUCUUAAACAGGUAAAGUGCUCCUGAUGACACUCACUCAGAGAGUUUACCUUACCCUUCUUUCAGGGAAAGUGAAUUUUACAAGUUAAUUCUGCAUGUUUCCCCUACAACUGAUUUCAUUCUGUAUCAUUAAAUGGCUAUUUAUUUUCUCCCUUCUACUUAGUCCAAGAUUGGACAUUGUUGAGUUUUGUUUGAACAGUGUUUGUUAUGCUAAAAAAGGACACUGGGCCUGGGGGAACUCAUCCUGUGUCUAGAUCAACAAAUAGAACUCCGGAGGAUUCCUGAUCCUCUGGUUCCUCCCACGUGGUUUGAAAGGUGCUUACCCUUUCCAAUCAAAUAUUGACUUCUGCACUAAUCCAAAGGGUUUUUUUUCUGAAGCUGUAAACUGAAAACAGAAAUAUUGCCUUGAGUGAGAGAAAUCUAGGAAGCAGUAGGUUUCAUUUUUUGUCAGUCUGCCUGGCCUUUACUUGGCUAACACUUGGGAGUGUUGACAGUCCUGAGCCCUCUUGGCAGAGAACAAAGGUUAGAAAGAGAGAAGCCCUCAGGCAGGGGGACAGAUCUCUCUUUGCCUCAUUAGGGAGAAUUCAGCCUUGUCUGUCUGGUUGGCAGGGCACACUUAAUCACUGAGACUCAGCAUUUCAGCAGUUUGCAAAGGAAAGUGAUAUGAAGGGACAGCUGCAAGUAAGUCACAGCCUAGAUCUGAAGAGAUCAAGCACUCACUUCACUUGGAGGAAAGAGAGAAGGAAGGAAGCUGAGGACUUAGCAGGUCUCCACGUAUCACUGGACAGGCCAUGGCUCCACGGUCCCGGCGACGAAGGCACAGGAAACCUCCCUCAUCAGUGGCUCCCAUCAUUAUGACCCCAACCACAAUUGUGACCCCUAUGCCUCUGACCCCCUCAAAACCGGGCCCUAGCAUUGACACACUUGGCUUCUUCUCCUUGGAUGAUAAUGUUCCUGGCCUAUCGCAGCUGAUCCUUCAAAAGCUGAACAUGAAAAGCUAUGAAGAAUACAAGUUGGUGGUAGAUGGGGGUACCCCUGUAUCAGGCUUUGGAUUUCGAUGUCCUCAAGAAAUGUUCCAGAGGAUGGAAGACACAUUUCGAUUCUGUGCUCACUGUAGAGUACUCCCUAGUGGCCUUUCAGACUCCAAGGUUCUCCGGCACUGUAAGAGGUGCAGAAAUGUCUAUUACUGUGGUCCGGAGUGCCAGAGGUCAGACUGGCCUGCACACAGGAGGGUUUGUCAAGAGCUUCGUCUUGUGGCCGUGGACCGUCUCAUGGAAUGGCUUCUGGUCACAGGUGAUUUUGUCCUACCCUCAGGACCUUGGCCAUGGCCCCCUGAAGCUGUACAGGACUGGGACUCCUGGUUUUCUAUGAAGGGGUUACACCUAGAUGCUACACUGGAUGCUGUGCUAGUCAGUCAUCCCGUGACCACUUUAUGGGCCAGUGUAGGACGGCCAAGGCCAGACCCAGAUGUCCUGCAGGGAUCUUUGAAGCGGCUGCUGACAGAUGUCCUGUCACGGCCCUUGACUCUGGGCCUAGGACUUAGGGCCUUGGAGAUAGAUGUUAGGAGGAUUGGGGGAAGCACAGUGCAUGUGGUUGGUGCUUCCCAUGUGGAGACAUUUCUUACUCGCCCUGGGGACUAUGAUGAACUUGGCCACAUGUUUCCUGGGCACCUUGGACUCCGUGUGGUCAUGGUGGGUGUAGACGUGGCUAAUGGCUUUUCACAGAGCACCUCAACUUCACCCCUGGAACCUGGCACAAUUCAGCUUAGUGCCCACAGGGGCCUCUAUCAUGACUUCUGGGAGGAGCAAGUAGAGACUGGGCAGACAGACCAUCCAGAUUUGGUGGCAGCAUUCCAUCCAGGUUUCCAUUCCUCCCCAGACUUGAUGGAGGCUUGGCUGCCCACCCUGCUGCUACUUCGUGACUAUAAGAUUCCUACAUUGAUUACUGUUUACAGUCAUCAGGAGUUGGUAUCCUCUUUGCAGAUUCUGGUGGAACUGGAUACACACAUCACUGCCUAUGGGGCUAAUCCUUUCAUGUCCCUCAAACCUGAACAGGUCUAUUCCAACCCCAACAAGCAGCCAGUAUACUGCAGUGCAUAUUAUAUCAUGUUUCUUGGAAGCUCCUGUCAGCUGGAUAAUAGUCAAUUAGAAGAGAAAGUGGAUGGUGGGAUUUAAAUAGAUCAUGACUGGACAUCUGGAAAAUGGGGAGGUUGUGAUGAAAUUACCCUGCUAAUGCCAAAUUCUUGCAAACUUUGAAAAACAUUAUAUUCUAAACCUCAUUCACUGUUUGGGUAAAAAUUCUAAGCUGAAUGAGAGUUUUUGUAUAACGUAAUUAGUUUCUUUCUUUUUUUGAGAUGGAGUCUUGCUCUGUUGCCUAGUCUAGAGUGCAGUGGCGCGAUCUCGGCUCACUGCAGCCUCCACCUCCGGGGUUCAAGCGGUUCUCCUGCCUCAGCCUCCCUAGUAGCUGGGAUUACAGGUGCGCACCACCACACCUGGCUAAUUUUUGUAUUUUCAGUACAGACAGAGUUUCGCCGUGUUGACCAGGCUCGUAUCAAACCCUUGACCUCAGGUGAUCUGCCUGCCUUGACCUUCCAAAGUUCUGGAAUUACAGGCAUGAGCCACCAUGCCCAGCCAAUGUAACUGGUUUCUAAGAGUUUAGCCACAGUACCUUUUAGAGAUAGGAUAUUAGAUUGAGUGGGUGGGAAGAGGCCCUGAUGUUAGUCUUUCCAGAGCUUAUAGUUCCUAACACUUUCCUCUGUAAGGAAGUUUACCUUUUGACUGGAACCAGAUGGCACUGAGGAGAAGAAUGAGAACCACCUUAUUCUUCUGAAAAAGACUUUCUUCUCAUCCAGUAAUUUGGGCUAAAAAAUGGAAAGAUGUUGAUGACUUGAAGUGGUACAAGAAUGGACAAAUCAGGGAAGUCACUGGGAACAUGGAUGAGGUUGUAAGCAUUGGUAUACUGUCCUGUUUCCUGGCUUUUUUGAGAGAAAUGUCUAAUUUUCCUGUUUUCUCUUGGGGACUUUUGACCCUAGAGUAGCCCUGGUGUUGUAUUUGAGAUAUCCCAAGCUAUAUCAGACUUUACCUGAAUAUACUGGAGUUACUUUUUAUCCCCCAUUCUAUAGCCCAAUAAACUCAGUUUGGGGCUUCUCAAGUCA